GAUUUUUAGUCUAGUACAAGUUUUCUUUUGUUGUUCUUAUUUUUUGCGACAAGUCAUUGGAGGUCCACCGGAUGUCGGUGAGUCCACCGCCCCAAAACCCCCCUAUUUUUAUCUUUGUCGUUUCUUCUCCGGCAACAACAACCAAGGACUCUCAAUUCUACUAUUCAACCCUUUCCUUUUCUUCAUUUAUGGCGGUGAAACAAGCCACCAAAGCUUCACCAUUCAAUGCCGACUCCGGUGAAUAAGCCACCAAACUCAAACCUGCCGAAAAUCACAAUUUUUUCCUGAAAACCAACAACCUAAACGAGCGUAUCCCUUUUCCGACCAACCACCGGCCAAAAUCCCAAUUUUUCGAGCUCCACCAGUUCACUACCGACUAACAAUGCCAUACGACCUCUAUUUUUCCAGCAACCUUUACCAACAACAACACCACCAGAAACUCCAAACAACCCAUUUGUUUUUCACCAUUUUCGGCGAAGAAUCAAGCCACCGUGACCUCAACCCGAAUUAAUCCAGAUUCAAAGCCACUGCCAGUCCCAUUCCUCUUCCCCCCUUCAUUUCUUUUCUAUUUUUUUGCAGGUUACCAUCCCGUAAAGUCACAACCAGCCAGAUUCCCCCGGUGAUGCCAUCAAAACAACGACAUUUACGGGACCCCACUUUACCUCUUCUUAUUCUCAAGUCUCAAUGCUUGUAGCUACCUACCAGAUCCUCAAGAGACUAUGAUGGAUUCAACAAGCAGCAUUAUGAAAUUCUACAUUCUUGCCUUAUCCACAUAUCAAGUGCUUGUAGCCUCAAGUCCCUUUGGUUUAAGUGAUAGAGCCAGGAUUACUCCUAGUCUUGGACGUUACCAGCGUUUACGACUCCUGCAAGUUGAAUCAACUAGUCCAGAAAGCUCUUUUCCAUAUGGAACUUAUACUUCUCCUCCUCCUCUUCUUUCAGGAGUUGUACCACCAGUUAAUCCUCAAAUUAACUCUCCUCCACUGGGGAUAUCCUCUCCUCCUGCUCCUUUGAAGUCCGUGCCACCAAGUCCACAAAACUCAUCUCCAUAUGGGACAAUCACUCCUCCUCUUACUCCUGCUGCUAUGCCAACACCUUUACUUCCCACUCUUCCACCACCAUCUCCAACUGCACAAACCCCACAGCAUAAUGCACCUAAGCCACCAGCAGUUAAUCAGCCACCACCGAACAGUAGUCAUUCAUCGACACCACCUCCUUCUAAGAAACCUGAAAAUGCCAUCUGGUGUGUGGCUAAGCCAACGGUACCAGCAGACUUGAUUCAGCAGGCAUUGGACUAUGCUUGUGGUUCUGGUGCUGGUUGUGAUGCCAUACAACCCAAUGGGGCGUGUUACCAGCCGACUACUCUGCUUUCUCAUGCUUCUUAUGCUUUCAAUAGCUACUGGCAGAAAAAGAAGCAGGGUGGAGGAACUUGUGACUUUGGAGGCACUGCCAUGCUAGUCACUGUUGAUCCAAGUUAUGAUCAGUGUCGUUUCACGUACAACUGAUCUUUGAAGACAACACUUGACAAGACGUAGAUGAUGUUUUUGCAUAUGUUAUUUUCUAUUUACUACAGAUAAGACUCUAGUAGCCUUUUUGUUUCUUUGUGCUUCUUUAAUGUAGAGGAACUCCAUGGUGAUGUACUGCUACUUCACAAUUUAUAUGAUACAUAAUUCAGUUAAACGAGAA